AGGCAUCAUGUAAAUUUUGACGAUCUGCAGCGCCUUUAUGGCGUCUGAGACACAGGACUAAUUGUGUCCUCUGCUGAAGAUGGAUUUGCAUGCUUUAACUUAUGCAGCGUGACUCGCCUUGAUCUCGUACACAAACUCUGACACACACACACACACGCUUUCAGUGUUCUCACCUACUCAACCCCCCUCUGUUGAGCUCGCACGCUCUUACAAUUGAAACAGACCACAUCUAUUUCCUCCUUUUCAAGCAAAUGCGAACAGGUGGAGGUUUGAUAGGCCGGCCCAAACGCCAGAUAACGCAGAACAAAACCUCUGCAGAAAUGAAAUUCUCCGGAGCAUGUGACCUAAACGGCCCAAUGACACUUGGAUGCUUUUUUUUCAAUGGUGGGGAACGGUUAAACUUGUUGUCUGUCUAAGGGAGACGCUUUCUGUGGGCCGCCACAACCACAAACCAAGUCUGCGACCGGUCACGGCUCUCUAGGCACUAGAGAACUGCAAGAUAAAGAUAGACAAGAGGGACUGAAGAGCGAGAAGGGGGAGGGAGAAUACGUGUUGAUGUCAGCGUGUGAAUCGCCGGAAAAAACCACAGCGACACGUUUGCGCUCCUGCUCUUUUGCAAAAGGGUAAGCAUCAGUCAACCACAGGCUGACCGCCGAUCGCAAUCUCCCGUGUCUGUGAGCCAUGCACAGAAUCCCAGGACAGAACCGCCUCACCGGACCGGCACAGGGUGACCAUGGGUUCCCUGGUGUGGGGCAAAACCGGGAGCCUUUCAAAAUUCGGGAGCAGAUCAAGUUGGAAGCCUUGGAUUCAGACGAAGACGAGGAGCAGCCGCCGCUCGCGAUGGCCUCCAACAGCAUCUUCGAAAGCUUCCCGUCCUACCAGUCGUGCUUCACCCGGGAACCUGCGCCUGGGCGACGCUUCACGCCUCCCUCGACCACGCUGAGCUCGGGGAAGAUGAACGAGGGGUUGCCGCUGGGGGCUCAGGAAAGCAGCGGCGCCGCCCUGGUGGGCAAACUGCGCAUGGCUGACCGGAGCAUGGUGGAGGUGCUUUCCGACCACCCAGGAGAGCUGGUGCGCACCGACAGCCCCAACUUCCUCUGCUCCGUCCUGCCAACACACUGGCGCUGCAAUAAAACCCUGCCCAUCGCUUUCAAGGUGGUUGCCCUCGGCGAUAUCCCUGACGGCACGCUGGUCACCGUGAUGGCCGGCAACGAUGAGAACUAUUCUGCCGAACUCCGCAACGCCACGGCUGCCAUCAAGAACCAAGUGGCACGUUUCAACGACCUGCGUUUCGUCGGCCGCAGCGGACGAGGAAAGAGCUUCACUCUCACCAUCACCGUCUUCACGAACCCUCCUCAGGUGGCCACUUAUCAGAGAGCCAUCAAGAUCACUGUGGACGGACCCCGAGAACCACGCCGCCACCGACAGAAGCCGGAUGAAGCGGUAAAGCCAGGCGCGUUAGCUUUCUCUGAGCAGUUGAGGCGAAGUGCCAUGCGGUGCAGUCCACACCACGGCCCCGCCCCCAACCCCCGCCCCGCCCUCAACACGCCCCCCUUCAGCAGCCCCGCCCACAGCCAGAUUCCCGAUUCGAGGCAGAUGCAGACGUCUCCUUCCUGGUCGUAUGAACAGUCGUACCCUUACCUGGGCCCCAUCUCCACCCCGACGGUCCACCCGACGACACCCAUCUCACCCAGCCGCAACGCUAUACACUGUCCAGAUCUGACGGCGUUCACUGACCCUCGCGUCGGCCUGGAGCGUUCCUUCCCCUCGCUCCCCUCCCUACCAGACGGCCGUUUCUCGGAUCCGCGCGUGCCGUACCCCACCGGGGCGUUUACGUACACGCCCACCCCUGUCACCAACGCCAUCGGCAUCGGCAUGUCGGCUAUGACAAGCCCCGCGGGCCGCUACCACACAUACUUACCGCCGGCGUACCCCGCGGGGUCCUCGCAGGCUCAGGCCGGACCCUUCCAGGCCGGCUCGUCCCCGUAUCACCUCUACUACAGCAGUGCCGCCGGAUCCUACCAGUUCUCCAUGAUGCCGGGCGGAGGAGGAGGCGAGCGCUCGCCGCCGCGCAUCUUACCGCCCUGCACCAACGCCUCCACAGGCUCCGCCCUCCUGCACCCCUCUCUGCCCAAUCAGAGCGACGUCGUGGUGGAGGCCGAAGGAAGCCACAGCAGUUCGCCGACCAACAUGUCGGUCGAAGCCGUCUGGAGGCCGUAUUGACGUUUGAACAGGUCGACGGACAGUCGGCUUGACCAAUAGGACGCGGGCAGCUGAACGAGGCGGUUUCUGAUUAGAGCAAUUGACUCAAAGGACAGACUUUUUCACAGCACAGCAUGAGACUCGCUUGCUUUUUUUAAAGUGGAUAGUUUGUAUUAUUAUUAUUAUUAUUAUUAAAAUUAUUGUUGUUGUUGUUAUUAUUAUUAUUACUGUUGUUCGUCUCAUCAUCACUGUACUUUUAUCAGUGCCUCUGUGUUUUAUGUCAAACAAAACCUCACCAUGUUUCGUCAAAGGCCAGAAACACACUCUAUGCAAGUAUUUAAAUGCAUAUCGCUAAUAAAUAAGUCCACCAAACAAAAAGCCAUCUCGAUCGUAAAACUACUUUGCAUAAAUGUAAUUGUAUAUGCCAUAAAUUAAAACAAUCAAAAAUAUUUUUAUUGUACUGUAAUGAUUACUUAUUGUUUUAUUUUUGCUUUUUUAAAUAAUUAAAUAUUUUAAUAAAUAUUGGUUCAGGUAACAGACAAUAAAAAUAGUAUAAGUUUAUCUUUACUCAGUAUCCUAUUCAGGUAGCUCAUAUAAAUGUGCAAAAUAACUUUGCACAAACAUAAUACUUUUAUGUAAAUAAUUUUUUGGGGGGGGGCGAUUUUUGCCUUUUGCCUUUAUUAUGAUAAGAUAGUAUAGAGUGGACAGGAAGCGAGAGGGGGGGCGGGAUCAGGAAAGGUCCAUGAGCCGGGACUCGUAUUUAGGUCGCUCGGCACCGACGUAAAUUAAAAUAUAUAAUAAAAUAAUGCAUUUUGUAGCCUAGUGGUUACUUGUUUUAUUUCUGCUUUUUGACAAUAAUACUUAAAUAUCGAAAUAAUUCAAAUAUUGGUGCAGACAUUAUAAAAUAAAACUAUAUCAGUUGAUCUCUAUUUAAUAUUCCAUUCAGGUAGAUGAUAUAAACAUGCAAAAUAACUUUGCACUAACAUAAUACUAUAUGAUUUUUUUGGGGCGAUUUAUGCCUUUAUUAUGAUAGGAUAGUAUAGAGUGGGCAUGAAGCGAGAUGGGAUCCAGAAAGGUCCGCGAGCCGGGACUCGAACUCGGGUCGCCCGAAGCACAAUGUAGGCGCUGCCCACGAGGCUAUUGGCACUGACAUAAAUUAAAAUAUUUAAUAAAAUAAUGCAUUUUGUAGUCUAGCGGUUACUUAUUGUUUUAUUUCUGGUUUUUGACAAUAAUACUUAAAUAUCGAAAUCAUUCAAAAAUUGGUUCAGACACUAGAUAUUCCAUUCAGGUAGCUGAUAUAAACAUGUCAACUAACUUGAAAUUGCUCAGAUGUCUUUAAACUCCACCGUAACUGACCCGAGAAAACUCACCAUAAAAGAAGACGAUUUACGCUAACGUCCAUUUUGCGAUAUCACCCUCUGCAUUCUGACAUAUUUCUGAAUGAAAUAGUGCAUAUUGAUCUUGUGUAGCUGGAAGCGUUUGUAUUCAUAAACUUGUGUAGAGUCUGUUUCGGGUCUCAGUUGAUCUGCAGUGUGAUCCGUUCUCGACUGGAUGGAUUAAAGUCAAUUAAUCGGCUGAAUUGAUGCCCAGAAAGUUUCCCGCUCCAUCGUCGUCCCUCACUGCAGCCGAGGAGGAACAAAACACGCCUCUGCCAGCGGCGAUACGCUCUUGAGAGUUUAAACAGACUUUUGACUCUUUACAUUUCCAGGUUUACGAGACUUCGCCCGGUCACUGCCUUUCACGGUCGUUCUCUCCGCAAGAUUUACACGGUUUCUGCAAUUUCAACCUUUCCGAUUGAUGCUCUUGUGUAAUGCUUUGACGGUUGGCUGGAUGGAAGAUGGAAGAAUCACGAACCUGAUUUUUUGUGUAAAUAGACUGUAAAUUACUUCAGAGGUUUGACACACGACACGGUUCUCAACUUCCACAAUUGUGAAACAAGCAAAACCUUCUGGAAUGCAGCUUAUUUUUUCCUUUGUUGUCCCUUUUCAACAUUUCUUUGGGGAAUAUAACACUUUGUUGUGAAGAAACUGCUUAUUUCUCUACA